UUGUUCCCACGAUAAGUUUUUUUCCUCACGAUGAAUCAGAGGAAGAGUUAAUUAGAUACACUGCGAGUGUGUCUCGGUGGGUUUAAGCUGCGCAGUAACCAUUUAAAACGAAAAUGGCGGACAAGACUGCGGAUGGCGCGGCGUGGACGGGAUGCGCGGUCAUGUUCCUGCAGUCGCUCUUUCCCGGCGUGGACCUGCUCCACCUCUACAAAGACCAGCAGGGAAAGUUCAUCAUUUUCAAAGUUAUCAAGCUGACUCUUCGAGAUUCUGCAGGAGGUCUGGGAGGCUACGAGAUCCUAAAGGUCCAUGAUGCUGAGCCCUUCCUGGGGGUGGAGGUGAAAUUCGUGGAUGUGGCAGCGUGUCAGCAGUUCCUGGAGAGCUACAGCUCCGGAGCGGUGCGUCAGUCCCUUUCCCAACACGCCUGCCGGCUCCUCGCCGUUCCUCAAGACUUCGCUGUAGAAACCCAGCUGAAGGCCGGGCCUCAGAAUCUGGACCUGUGUCUGGAUCAGCUGGCUGUCUGUCUACAGCACAUCCACCUUUCACAGCCGGAGCGCCUGCGCGACGAAGAGAUUGAUCAUCUGGAGCAGCAGCUGCGGAGCCAGGCCUUGGGUCCCGCCCCACAGCCCCCCACAGUCACACAGGAAGAGUCUUCGGUCCCCAGCAACUGCUUCAAGUUUCAGAACAGGGUGUUUGAGGACCGAAUGCUGACAUCGGCAGAUGUUCAGAGCUUUUCAAACGGAGUGGGCCGUCAGUGGAAACAUGUCGGGAGGGCCCUGGGGAAGAGCUGUCGCGCUCUGAAGGGCCCCGCCAUCGACAACCUGGCCUACGAGUACGAGAGAGAAGGGCUGUACGAGCAAGCCUAUCAGCUCCUGAGCCGCUUCAUCCAGGCGGAGGGCAGGGCGGCCAAGCUGAGCCGGCUGGUCAGAGCUCUGGAGGACAGCAAGCUCACCAGCCUGGCUGAGAACAUGCUGGACAUGCAGCCCAGGGAGUAACUCUGUGUGUGCGCGAGUCGUGAAACGAACCAAACAAACUGACGGCCGGGUUCCUGCGCGGGAGCGGAAACGUUCUGCCGCCUGCCUUUACAUUCAGAGUCGCUGUUCCUGUUCAGCGCCCGUCUUCCUCGUGUUCAAAUCAGAACCAAGUGUGUGCGGUUGUGUGGGAAUUCACAGGUCGUGUGUGUGUGUGUGUGUGUGUGUGUGUGUGGGAUUCAGAUCAGCAUUUUGUAUUUAGCUGUUUGUGUCUUCGUUAGUUUCUGUUGUUUAUAUCUGUCACCUGUCAUCACUGUUGAAAGAAAAUGCAAUUGCACUGUGUGGACCGUUUUCAUUAUGUGUCUCUUAUUUCCCUGUCACAAGUCAAAUCACAGAUCAAACCUGUUUGGUCCUGCCUCUAGUGACGACACAGCUGAAGGAUAUUGAUCCCCCCCCCCUCUAUAAAACGAAUUCUUGCAAAUUAAAUGGUUGUGGGGAAAAAAAGGCUUAUGUUUGUGUUUGAUGCAUUAGUGUAAUUAAAACUGAAAUCACAAUUUUGUCUAAAUUCC